AUGCGUUUACAGCUGUCAAUGACGAUUCUAACCCCGCUAAAUCUCGAGCUUGAAGACGAUCGCGACACAUGUGGCUCAGAGGUGAUCGAUGCCCACAGCUUCGGUGUGCCACGCCAACAGGCGUGGGGGAGGACGUUCGAGGGGUGGAAGGCGGGAGCAAUAUCUGUGCGCCGUAUGGGCCGCCGCCACAUCGCAGAACAUCACGUGUGA